AUGAGCGGCUGUGGAAAAACGUAUGCAGGCGCCGCAGUGGAGGCAGGGAAGAUCCUCCUAUCCGUUCUCUUGCAUCAACUGGACGUGCCGAAUGAUAGCGAUUCUUCGCUCAAGGCGUCGUGCAAACGCUCGGAGACUGUGAAGAAGCCUGCUACCUCCCAGGCUGGCGCAUCCAAAGCUGCCUUGGUUCUUGCGCGUUGUUUUCUCGGACGCUAUAGGCUUCACAUGGGCAGCAGUGGACCUAGAACUCACAGAGGCCGCGGUCACCUGACGCGACAUCUGCAGGAAAGGCAAGCAUGUCCCAACACCCUUCUGCAGGAUGCCACUGUGCAGAACAAGCUGUCAUCAGCUUAUUCUGCAAAUGCGCCCCAAGGUCCCCAAAAUGAGUGUAAAGGUGCCCAUGAGUUUCUCCCUGCUUCGAGGCCACGUUUAGACCCGGGUUAUCCUCCAACUCCUCCAAAGCUUUUUCAGCUUCUCAGCUUCUCAAGCAGUGCAGUCUUCUCCGUACAACAGAAAGGCGGCACCUUUCGAAAUGGCGCUGCUGCCAGCCCGGCCACCUCAAUGUUAGACGUGCUGAAGACUCCCGAAGAGGAGCUCUGCUGGGAGCACUUCUCGGCAAAGAUCUACGGGAGGUUGGGGAGGGUAUGGGGGGCAUUUCAAAGGGAUAGCAAACCCCUCUUUUGCCCGGAGCAGCAUGACGACCUUUUGGGAGCGUGCAGAGCCGAACGGGGACUCGGGACAUUUGACGCAUGCCUGGCCGACAUGCAACGGCCCUCACUGGGCCACCCGCUGCUUGUGCCGCUUCAGCUUCCUGCACAUAGAGAGAUGAUCCAGACCGGCCGGACCCUCUCCGGCAACAGAACAGGAAUUGCACUCGAGCUUCGCUUGCUGGCCGUGCGAUCUGGGCAACGAAGCGUGCAAGCUGCUGCCGUGUCCGCGCCCACUUGA